AUGUCGCCCACCGCCGUCCCAAAGCUCUUCCAGCCUACCAAGGUCGGGAAAACCGUGCUCACCCAUCGCGUCGUGAUGUCGCCGAUGACGCGCUGUCGCGUGAACGCCGCAUACGUCCUUGCAGACCUUGCCGUCGAGUACUACGCGCAGCGCGCCACGGUGCCCGGGACGCUCUUGAUCACCGAGGCCACAGUCAUUUCUGGGAAGGCCGGGGGGUACCCGUCCGUCUCUGGCAUAUGGAACGACGAGCAGGUCGCUGCCUGGAAGCGCGUGACUGACGCGGUGCAUUCUAAAGGCUCGCGCAUCUUCAGCCAGCUAUGGGCUACCGGAAGAACUGCAAAUCCCGACAUGCUUGCUACAGAGGGCUACGAGCUGGUUUCCGCUUCCGACAUACCCAUGGAUCCGGACUCCAAGGCGCCCCGCCCUUUGACCAUCCCCGAGAUCAAGGAGUAUAUUCAGCUAUACACGGAUGGUGCCCUCAACGCCAUGCACGCGGGCUUUGACGGCAUCGAGCUGCACGGUGCAGGCGGGUUCCUCAUCGAUCAGUUCACCCAGGAUGUGAGCAACAAGCGCACGGACGAGUACGGAGGCUCGAUAGAGAAUCGCUGCCGCUUUGCGCUCGAGAUCAUCGAGUCUGUAUCGAAGGCAAUAGGCGUUGACAAGGUAGGUAUCAAACUCAGCCCUUGGGUCAGCCUCCAUGGGAUGCGCAUGACUGAUCCCAAACCCACCUUCGCGUAUCUCGUGAGUCGUAUAAAGGAGUUGUACCCCGAGCUAGGGUAUAUCCAUGUCAUGGAGCCGCGCGUCGACGGCCCUGUUGAUCGCGUAGUGCAGCCGGGCGAGUCAAACGACUUUCUCCGUGAGAUUUGGCUACCGCGCACCUACAUCACGGUUGGCGGGUACACCCGUGAGGACGCAUUCGAACAGUGCGAGAAGACGGGCGAGCUCAUCGCAUUCGCGCGUUCCUUCAUUGCCAAUCCCGACCUCCCCCUGCGUUUUUCCAAGGACCUGCCGCUCACGAAGGGUAAACGCGAGGACUAUGAACCGCCCUUCGACGGGAAGGGGUACAUAGAUUACCCCUUUGCGGAAGAGUGA